AUGAGCGAAGAAAACAGUAUAAAUACUGCAACCGCCCAAAUUAAGACUGAAGAAUCUCCAUUACACACAGUCGGUUUCGAUGCUAGAUUUCCUCAACAAAAUCAAACCAAACAUUGCUGGCAAGCUUAUGUUGAUUACCACAAGUGCAUCAAUAUCAAAGGUGAGGAUUUUGCUCCUUGCAAAGUCUUCUGGAGAACGUAUAACUCACUUUGUCCAGUUGAUUGGAUUGAAAAAUGGGAUGAACAAAGAGAAAAGGGCAUUUUUGCUGGUAAUGUCAGUGCUGAGUAA